UGCGUAGUGUGGUUCUUUUCGACAUUUUCCCGUCUGUGACCGGAGGUGUUUCAAUCGCGUGCUUCUUAAAACCAGCGAAAAAUACCGCCAACCAACGAAAAUGGUGAAGGUUAAGUGCUCCGAGCUUCGCACGAAGGACAAGAAGGAGCUGACCAAGCAGCUGGAGGAGCUGAAGAAGGAGCUUCUGGGAUUGCGCGUGGCGAAAGUGACCGGUGGUGCUCCAUCGAAGCUGUCAAAGAUCCGUGUCGUCCGCAAGGCAAUCGCUCGCGUGUACAUUGUGAUGAACACCAAGACGAAGGACAACCUGCGCAAGUUGUACAAGGGAAAGAAGUACGUUCCGCUGGAUCUGCGCCCGAAGAAGACCCGUGCUAUCCGCAAGGCACUGUCGCGGCGCGAUGCUACCCGGAUGACGCUGAAGGCACAGCGCAAACGUGCCCGAUUCCCGCCCCGCAAGUACGCCGUCAAGGCCUAGAAAGGAGCAUAUGGGAACUGUAAGCUAAGCUAAGCUACGUCCGUUUUCGUUCGUAUCGUUGCCGAUUCGCGGGAUGCAUUUCGUUCCGUCUCCGGUGUAAAUGCACGGCCAGGAUCGUCUACCAACGUUAUUUUCUUGCGUGACGGAAACGUAGAAAGUAUAUAACGAGAUCGGUACAAUACAAAACAAUACACUUGGAAACAUAAACUAUCUCCGGUUUUCUCUCUCGCAAAAGUGUUU